AUGGCAGACAUCGAGGAACACCUCAGACAGGUUCACUCAGAUCCAGACAGGUUAAUACCACUCGGGGAUUGCCCAAGACUAGAACCUGUGGCACCCCCAACAUUCCCACUGGAAAGUAAAGAGCCCUCGCUCUUAGAGGUGAAAGAAGUUGUGAGGAAAGCGAGAAUGGGAUCAGCCCCAGGACCAAACAAGAUACCAUACAAGGUCUACAAGAUGUGCCCUCUCCUGCUGCGUAGACUAUGGAACCUACUUAAGGUGAUCUGGAGGAAGGGGAUAAUACAUGAUGAGUGGCUGCAUGCCGAAGGUAUAUUUACUCCAAAGGAGAAGAACUCCAAACACAUCAGCCAGUUCAGAACAAUAUCUUUGCUAAACGUGGAAGGCAAGAUAUUCUUCGCCAUCUUAGCCAGAAGACUGACAACCUACCUGACCACAAAUGGGUACAUUGAUACGACAGUUCAGAAGGGUGGAGUGCCAGGCUUCUCAGGGUGUGUGGAGCAUACCAGUGCAAUCAGCCAGCUCAUUAGAGAAGCAAAGGUGAACAAAUCAGACCUGACUGUAGUAUGGCUAGACCUUGCAAACGCCUACGGAUCUAUUCCACAUAAGCUCAUCGAAUCAGCCCUCCAGUACUACCAUAUCCCUGAACACAUUCAAGGGAUGAUCAUUGCGUACUUCAGUGGAAUGAAACUGCGCUUCAUGGUUGGCGAGAAGAUGACAGCUUGGCAGAGACUGGAGAAGGGAAUAGUGACCGGGUGUACCAUCUCAGUUGUCCUGUUUGUGAUGGGCAUGAACCUCAUAAUCAACCCUGCAAACAAAGAAACCCGCGGGCCUAAGACAUCUACAGGGUUACACCUGCCAACAAACAGAGGCUUCAUGGACGAUCUGACAGUGACAACACAGACACACAUACAAGCAAGAUGGGUACUAAAGGUAUUGGAGGAGGCAGCCACCUGGGCUAGAAUGAAUUUCAAACCCAAGAAGUCCAGAAGCCUGGUAAUCAAGCGCGGAUCAGUCACAAAACGGUUCACCCUACAAGUCCAAGGGGAAGACAUACCAUCAAUUAUGGACAGCCCCAUAAAGUGCCUGGGCAAGUGGUUUGAUUCGAGCCUUAGUGACAAAGCAAACGUAGAGCGCAUCAGGUCACAGCUCCAGGAAGGGCUGAAACAAAUCGACAAAUCCGCUUUACCAGGAAAGUUCAAGGCAUUGCUCUUCCAGAAUGCACUUCUCCCCAGACUGAUGUGGCCCCUUAUGCUGUAUGAAAUACCUACAUCCUCUGUCGAAUGCUUGGAGAGAAAGAUCAGCAGACACUUGCGCCGAUGGCUGGGAAUACCACCAAGCUUUACCAGCAUCGGAUUGUAUGGGCGAUCGAACCAGCUACAGCUCCCGCUAUCAUCACUAGUGGAGGAGUUCAAAGUUGCAAAGACACGACUGUUAGUGACGCUCAAGCAAUCGCAGGACAGUUCAAUCCGAAAUGCUGGGAUUGAAACUAGGACAGGGAGAAAGUGGUCAGCAAGCCAAGCAGUCGAACAGGCCGAGAAAAGACUCCAGCAAAAAGACAUUGUCGGCAUCACAGCUGUAGGCAGACAGGGGCUUGGCAGCUCCAAGAUAACAUUAUGGAGCUCUGCUGGAAACAUGGAAAGGAGGAGAAUGGUGCAAGAUGAAGUCAGAGCAGCAGAAGAAGAAGACAGAAGAGCGAAAGCUGUGGCUAUCGGUGCCCAAGGUGCGUGGACGAAGUGGACAACGACAGAAAGAAAACUGACCUGGGCUGAUAUUUGGAGCUACGAACCACUGAGGAUAGCGUUCCUGCUCAGAUCAGUCUAUGACCUGCUACCGUCACCCUCAAACCUGCACAGAUGGGGUCUACAGGACCACCCCAAGUGCCAAUUGUGUGACAAGACAGGAACCAUGGAACAUAUUCUGUCAUCGUGUACCACAGCCCUCACCCAAGGACGCUACAGGUGGAGACACGACAGUGUUCUUCAGGAACUCGCUGACAAGUUGGAGCGCGAGAGGACCAAGAAGAGGCCCAGACAGAAACCCCAAAUGAUUCAGUUCGUGAAGGAAGGACAAAAGGCGCCUAAAAAACUGCAGCCUACCAGUUCUGUAUUAGAUGAAUCUGAUCAGUGGGAAAUGUCUGUUGACUUGAAGCAAAAGCUAGUGUUCCCGAACAUUAUCCAGACAACAUUAAGGCCUGACAUUGUGUUGUGGUCCACUAAAGAUAAGUGUCUGAUCAUGGUUGAACUGACAGUCCCUUGGGAAUCUCGUUGUGAAGAGGCCUUCGAACGGAAAAAGGCCAAGUAUACAUACCUGCAAGAACAGUGCAGAGAGAAAGGAUGGCGAGUGUGGCUCUACCCUGUUGAAAUCGGCACUAGAGGAUUCCCAGCACAGUCGUUGUGGAGAAUGUUCAGUGCCUUGGGCAUCAAAGGAGCAGACAGGAAGAGAGCAGUGGGCAAACUGAGCCUAGCAGCAGAAAGGGCAUCCAAGAAUUGA